AUGGAUUUCCAAAGCAGUGCUCGAAACAUUCGUGUGGAGGGAAAGAAUGCCCUGGUUGCUGAGCUUCGAUGCGAAAACGGUGAAUGGCGCGAGGCCAGAGUGAAUCUGGAUGAGCAUCUCGGCAACGAAAAUGGCCACUUUCAAUGGGGUGGUCGGAACUUCUCCGGCUCUGCCGAAGACGUCCAUUUCGCGAUCGAGGGUGGUGCCAAUGUCCCUGUGCUCCGCGCCAUGUUGCGCGAUGUGAAUGGCAACUAUCAACCGCGCGAUGUCAACCUUGGCGAGCGUGUCUCGAAUGAUAACGGAUACUUUAAGUUCCAGUACUGA